ACCUUGGAUUCCUGUGCAAGGUGGUGCUCAUCCAGUUAUGGCCUCUGCUUCAUAGGGGCUGCUCACCUGUGAACAGUUUGAAACAGGCAUCUUAGGGAGGCAGAGGCAGCUGGAAAAGUGGUCCCAUUGGGACAAAGCUGUCCUUCAGUCCAGACUUUUGUGAAGAAGGGGUGUAUUUCAGCUGGUUCACAAGACUGAGGGAAAAGACAAGUUUGGUUUAUUUGUACAUAUUAUCAUAUUAUAACUGCAGGGAAAAUUUUGGAAUAUUUUCUCAGUAGAAAAGUAUUGUUUAAUAGAAGCAUCACAUUCAAUUUCAUAAGCGCUUCUUGCAAAAAUCUGAGCCUCUCUUACACUAUUUUUUAGCAAAAAGUAAAUAUGUAAAGGGAUAUUAAAAGGCUAGUCAUUCUAUAGCACAGCAUGUUGCAGGGAGAGCUGGGGACUAGAAGCCAAAAGCCCAAAUAUGGAAAUCAUACUGUCUUUUAGUUGAGAUGAAGUGCAGGUACCAUCAGAGGAAGCUAUGUUGGGUAAUCUGGCAUAAUGUGGAGUCAAAAAGGCACACAAAGUGAGUCACUAGGAGUGUAUGUACAAAUCAGAGAUUGGCCUGAUUCUCUCCCCCAUCCCACCAUGGGGGGGAGUGAGUGGCUGUUUAGUGCUUAGCUGCUGGCUGGGGUUAGACCAUAACAAGUACAGAUGAUUCAGUUCUGCAGAAGAAGCAAAAAUGAAGAACAAAGCUUAGCACUGUUACUAUUACAACAUUUUUCUUGGUAAGGUUGUAAUAGAAAGUAGUAGCAGGUCCCUGAUGAAUAGGGAUGGAUAGGCAACAAACAGGGUUCCAGAGAAGACAAGGAAUACGUGCAAUGUACCUCAAUACUCAAUGCUUUGCUCUAGACUAAUAAAAUAUGACUGCGCAGUCAGAACCAGCAUCUGACCUUCCACUUCUUUUUUUCUCAAAAAAACCUGAAGACAGUUGCCCAUUCUUGAUGUAUUCCAUAUCUGCUGCCAAAACUGCACUCCCCCACUCAGACACAAUCCCAAAAUAGGGUGUGAUGCCUUUCCCGUUGACAAAGCCAUAAGUCACGGUGAGUGAGACACACUCAACAUCCUCCAAUCAGUUAAAUGAAAAGAGCUCUCCCUUUCUGUUUCCCACAGCUUCAGCACUCAUUAUAUCUCACAUUAAUUAAUAUAGGCACUAGGAAGUGAGAUGAUAAAUUACAAAAACCCAUUAACCUGAUUCCAUCCAAAUUGGUGACAUAUGGCAACUGUACAUUAGACAAAUCUUCCUUGCUAAAGUGGGAGUCUUCGUGUCUGAACCCUAUUAAAGGAGCAGCCACCAAAAAAUAUUUUUAAUGUAUGUACAUAUGGAAUGUGUAUCAAUGUGUGUGCACAGUGCAUGCCUGUGGGAGCAUCAGAAUUCAUUAGAUCAGUCUGAUAUGAGAUAUAUUGAACAGGUUCCAUCUGACAUCUGUAACUGGGUUGUUCUGUCCACUCCCAAAGGAGUGAAUCAUAUUGACAGGUUGAAUUAUGUCUCCAGAGAUAUUUUCCUCCCCUCCUCCAAAGGCCAUUUGCAAUCACGGCACAUCCACUGCCUCUUAAAAGUGAGCUCAUCUGGCACUGAGUUGCAUUGAAGUCCUCCACCGUGCCUGAAGGAAGAAUGCUUUUAGGUAGUGGGAACGUGGAGAAGAUGUGGUCUGUCCAGCUGUUCCUUGGGGUGCUAGCCAUCUUGACCAUGACUGUGUAUAUCCCAUCUACACGAGGAGAGCCUUUUUUACUACAAGAUAACCGAGUGCUUCCGGAGAGAGAAGACACAAAUCACGAGGAAACACUGCUGACUCUGCUUCUUAAUAAGAAACUCGCAUGGCGGAGACCAGAAAAUAUUGACUGGGAGCUGGCAAAGAAAUUUGAAGAGCUUGAAAAGCUGGAGAAGUUGAAGGAUCAGCUCUCAACUGAGGAAGGGUCAGAAGUGGCCUAUGCCUUGGAAAGUCUUUCAGCAUCCCAGCCCAAAAAACGCGCCUGCUUUUGGAAAUACUGCAUCUGAAGGCUUGCCAGGACUGGAGGAUGAACAUGAGCCCUUCCCCAAAUGCCUUGCUGAGCAUUAAUGUGUUAAGAGUUUGUUCUGUUCUGUCAUCGUGCUGCUAAGUUGAAUGCCAUCCUCCAUGACUAUACCACAGCCAACUCUAACAGGGACUGUGACAAGAGCUGGUAACCCACUACCACUCUCAACUGUUCCUUCUUUGCAGGUUUAUCCCACUGUGAUCUUCUACUUGGAAGAUGCUCACUAACUUCCCCUACUGUCCUGUGUGUGCCAUUCAGUCUGUUGCCACUGUACACUCUUCCCCUUCUCACCAGGUCCCCUGAGGCAUCAAGCACUAACUCAGUUCCUCUGAGUUUGGGCUUCUGCCCACAUCUGCAGACAUUGCUCACAGUGAUGUCUCCAUUUCCUAUCACCUCCUACAAGUAGGUCUGUGAUGACCUAACACACGCUGUCGGGACAGGAAGGCAGAUUGGGUGUAAUGUGAAGGACUCAGAGCUGCCUGCCUUGGCUUGCUGAGCCAGAACUGUUCCUUGUUGUAUCCUGUCAGCAUGCACAGUAGUU